AUGGAUGAUAAAUCUAGAGAUGAGCAAAUCAAGGAAGUGUGGCAAUGUGAUAGAGACAUUUCUGGGAAGUCCUAUCUGUUGCAGGAACUUCAUGUUGGACAUAAUAAAAUCACUGAAAUACCUUCUGAUUUAUUGGAAACUUUAUUAAAUGUCAGAACUUUGGACUUAAGAAAUAAUAAAAUAUCAAAAAUUCCAGAUGAAAUUACUUGGCUUCAGUCAUUGGAAAGAUUUGAUCUUACUAAUAACAAUCUUUCUGGAUUGCCUUAUACAUUGGGUACUUUACCACAUUUAAAAUCCUUAAGUAUUGAAGGAAAUUCAAUGAGAUCUAUUCGACGAGACAUUAUUCAAAGAGGUACUGUUCAGUUAUUAAAAUGGUUAAGAAGUCGAAUUGAAGAUCCAAGAGUAUUGUCUGCUGCAAGGAACAGACAUUCCAGUGGAGAAAUUGAUAAUGGAGAAUGUGAUAUUCUACAACAUUGUGAUAAAUAUACCUUGAAAUCAUCUCAUUCAUUAAUAUAUUCUUUUGAACUUUUAACUGAGAAGUUAAUUGAAUUAAAUUUGGGGUUCAAUAAAUUGACAAAUUUACCAGCUUUUCUUGGAUCAUGUCCUCAUUUAACAUAUUUAGAUUUGAGGAAUAAUCAAAUAGAAAGUGUGCCUGAAGAAUUUGUCUCCUUGGAAAUGUUGCGAGAAAUUAAUCUAUCAUACAAUCGAUUUAAAGAAAUACCUCAAGUAUUUUUUCGAUUAAAAAAAUUAGAAAUACUUUUUGUUUCUGAUAAUCAGAUUCAGAAAUUGGAUGUUAAUGGUUUAUCUCAGCUGCCAGUGUUAACUGUUUUAGAUCUUCGAAAUAAUGAUAUAUCUUAUGUACCACCUGAAUUAGGGAAUCUGAGACAAUUAAGGUAUUUCUUUUGUUAAUAUUAAAUAUGAGUAUAAUAUAGAUAAUAUAGAUCUUAAAUAGGGAGUCUUUAAUCAAAAUUAAGGAAUAUUUCAGAAAUAAACAUGUUUACACCUCUCUACA